AAUCCCAUGUUCAUUAGAUAAUUAAAUGGUACAACAUACAUUCGAUCCCAAGGCCAUUUGCCUUAUCCAUCUCCAUAAUAAUACAGCAGAAAGUCUGGUCGCCGAAUCUACAAUCCUAUGGCUUCGGGAUUUUAUGAUCGCUACUCACUUAUUCUCAAUGCUUGGCUUACAAUUCUGAUUUUUUUUAUAUAAGUCAAUCGCAAAGCUCCUUUUGGCCAUCCGAAAAAGAAAAACAUGGUAAGCUUAUGACAACUUCCUUUGUUGACCUGCUUGAUCAUAUCAACAGAUACAAAUUUUACUCUAUACCCGAUGAAUGGUUGUCCAUCAAAAUGUGGGAGUGUUGACAUUCCUUUUCCAUUCGGGCUAACGAAAGGGUGUUACAGAGAUCAGGCAUUUGCUCUAACAUGCAACCACACAUCAAGUCCUCCCACUCUCCUCUUCCAAGAGUAUUACAGAGUGCGUAGUAUAUCGUUGGUGAAAGGGCAAUUAGAAGUUAAGUAUGAACACAAUGAGCUCUACAGCUUUACCUUUGAAACGACACCUUUCAUCUAUGUUCGCGAGCCGCCCAUUGUUAGUUGGGUCAUUGAGGAUCAGCGUUGCAAGGAUGCUCGAAGCAAUAGGACCAUGUUUGCAUGUGUCGAUGAACACAGCUCAUGUUCGGACAUUAACACCACAACAAGCGAUGGUCAAGAUUUCUGGAGGUACCGUUGUACUUGCUCCAAAGGUUAUGAAGGAAAUCCAUACCUACGUAAUGGAUGUACAGAUAUCGAUGAGUGUAAAUUCCCCGACAAAUACGUCUGCAAUGGGGUUUGUAAUAACACGAUGGGCAGUUAUAGCUGCACAUGUCCACGAGGGACAACUGGUGAUCCUAAACGAGCAUGCAUCCCCGACAAAAAACAGACUGUUCUAUUGGGUGUCAUCAUCGGCGUAAGCAAUGGCGUGGGCCUAUUGCUGUUGAGUACUAGUUUGAUCAUCCUUAGGAGGAAAUGGAAGAAAAGAAAACAAAAGAGAGUAAGAGAAAAACACUUCCGUCAGAAUCAUGGUUUACUGCUACAACAACUUAUCUCUUCCCGUGAAGAUGUUGCUGAGAGAACAAAGAUAUUUCCUCUAGAAGAGAUAGAAAAGGCAACCAAUAAUUUUGAUGAAACUCGAGUGCUCGGUCGCGGAGGACACGGAACAGUUUACAAAGGGAUUCUGUCGGAUCAACGCGUAGUCGCCAUAAAAAAGUCAAAGAUUGUGAAGAAGAGCGAGAUAGAUCAAUUCGUCAAUGAGGUUGCAAUUCUUUCUCAAAUUAAUCACAGAAACGUGGUAAAGCUUUUUGGAUGCUGCUUGGAGACCGAAGUGCCCUUAUUGAUCUAUGAAUUUAUCUCAAACGGUGCUCUUUCGGACCAUCUUCAUGCUUCAGAUGGUAGUUCUGCAUUGUCAUGGGAAGCUCGUCUGAGGAUCGCUGCAGAAACCGCAGGAGCACUUGCUUAUUUGCACUCAGCCGCUUCGAUAUCGAUUUUACACAGAGAUGUUAAGUCAUCGAAUAUUCUCUUGGAUGAUCACUUCACAGCAAAACUAUCAGAUUUUGGGGCUUCACGAUUUAUUCCACUUGAUCAAACUCAUAUAGUCACAGGUAUUCAAGGAACCUUUGGAUACUUGGAUCCAGAGUAUUAUCAAACAAGUCAAUUGACAGAGAAGAGCGAUGUUUAUAGCUUUGGGGUCAUUCUUCUGGAGCUUUUAACAGGAAAGAAACCUAUUUUCUCCAUCGAACAUGAGAAUAAACAGAACCUGUCAAUGUAUUUUCUCCAAGCACUAAAAGACAAACGCUACUUUGAUCUUGUGGAAGAUCGUGUUAUGAAAGAAGGGACUAAACAAGAGCUUAUGGAAAUUAUUCAACUGGUAGCAAUGUGCUUGAAGUUUAAAGGAAGCGAAAGGCCUACGAUGAAAGAAGUGGAGUAUAAACUACAAAGCCUAAGAAGGAUUCGAAAGAAUGGAGGACGUCAUAUUUCAGAAGGUAACGAAGAAACUGAGUGCCUGCUGAGCGAUUCAUCUUAUACUUUCUCUGAUUCAAUGGACCAAGCAACCGAAGGGACAUCCAGGAAUUAUAGUUUAGAAAAAGAAUUUAUGUGGUCACAUUAUAACCCACGCUGGAAGAGGGCAAGGUUAGUCCGAGAGAGAGAGAGAGAGAGAGAAGGGAUGGGAUGGGUGGAGCUGUUGCUGCUGCCGCUGACAUUGAGUUUAUUGGGUUCAACAAAAGUGGAAAGUGCAUCCACAGAGAAACAUUUCACUUUACCUUCCAACUGCACGAACAGAUGCGGUAACAUCAGUAUUGAGUAUCCUUUCGGCAUAGGCCAUGGCUGUUAUCUACCGGGAUUUAAUCUUACUUGCACGAACUAUACCGACCAACCUCCAAGGCUCUCCUUGGGCGAUGGAAUCCUCGAGGUCACUAGAAUCGAUUUGGAUACUGGGACUGUGCGCGUCAAGACACCCAUUGUCACCUUGAGUGUAGCUGAGGAGUUCAUUGCUGCUCCAUUAAUUGAUCUUCAGGAUUGGCCUUACUCUUUAACAUCAUUGGAACAAGAAAUACAGAAUUUUUACACAAUAGAUACAUAUAAUCGUUUGUAUGUGUCUGGUUGCAGCGUCGUUGCCGACCUAGUGGAUCCCACUACUAAUAAGACUAUCGGUACUUGCAUAACUAGAUGCACUUCCACUGACAACAGGCAGUGCUCACUUAGUUUAUAUUAUUGGAAUAGUACUUCAUUGGAGGUUCGAUUAACUCGACUCAAUCAGAGUGACCUUCAUUUGCUUCAUGCUUCCAGUAUCAAAGUUUUCGUGUACGAUUAUUACAAUGCUAGCAAAGAUGAUCUCCAAGGAAUAGUGCAAGGCAGGGGCUCAGAAGUGGAGACUGCCCUAUCAUGGUACAUCAAAGACUAUCCUACCUGUGAAGAGGCCAAGAAGAAUAUGGAAACUUUUGCCUGCAGCAAUCCCAAUAGCGACUGCUAUGACCUCCUUAAUUAUGGCUACACGAAUUAUAAUAUUGGAUACAUAUGUCGAUGUUCUCUUAACUAUAAAGGCAAUCCAUACCUAGCCAAUGGUUGUGAAGAUGCAUCUUUAACUUUGGUUCCGAGCAAAGGCUGUCGAGCAAAAUGUGGGGGUGUUAACAUCUCUUUUCCAUUCGGGCUAAGCAAGGGUUGUUACAGAAGCCAGUCAUUUGCUCUAACAUGCAACACGACAUUCAAUCCUCCUAUUCUGUUCUUCAUGGGCAAUUACAUAGUGCGUAAAAUCUCAUUGGAGGAAGGACAAUUGGAAUUCAGUGCACCAAACAGAACAACAGACAGUUCUUACAUUGAUGACAACUAUUACUACUUCGAUGAAACUGGACCGUUCACGCCACUUGAACAGCUGUCGACCUUUAGUUGGGUGAUUGAGUCUAAGAAUUGCGAGGAAGCCAAAAAGAACAUGACCACAUUCGCAUGUGUCGACAAAAACAGUUCGUGUGUGGACGUUUCCAAAACUUCUACCAAAGAUAUCCAGGGAUAUCGUUGCAAAUGCCAGAAUGGUUAUCAAGGAAAUCCAUAUAUUGCCGAUGGAUGCAAAGAUAUUGACGAGUGCAGCGGUCCCAACAAUAACGUUUGCAAUGGGAUAUGCAGAAAUACGAUUGGUGGUUAUGAGUGCCUUCCUGACAAAAAACAGACUGUUUUGUUAGGUGUCAUAAUCGGUGUAAGUCUUGGCAGUGGCUUAUUGCUCUUAAGCAUAAGUUUUAUCAUCCUAAGAAGGAAAUGGAAGAUCAGAAAGCAAAAGAAAAUAAGAGAAAGACACUUCCACCAAAAUCAUGGACUACUAUUACAACAGUUAAUCUCUUCUGACGAAGACGUUGAUGAGAAAACAAAGAUAUUUUCUCUAGAAGAGAUAGAAAAGGCAACCAACAAUUUUGAUGAAACUCGAGUACUCGGUCGCGGAGGACAUGGCACAGUUUAUAAAGGGAUUUUAUCAGAUCAACGUGUAGUCGCCAUAAAGAAAUCUAAAAUAGUAAAAAAGAGUGAGAUAGAUCAAUUCAUCAAUGAGGUUGCAAUUCUUUCUCAAAUUAAACAUAGAAACAUCGUCAGGCUUUUUGGAUGUUGUUUAGAAACAGAAGUCCCCUUGUUAGUCUAUGAAUUUAUCUCCAACGGGACCCUUGCAGACCACCUCCAUGUUUCAGAUGGUAAUUCUGUAUUAUCAUGGGAAGCUCGUCUGAGGAUCGCUGCAGAAACUGCCGGAGCACUUGCCUAUCUGCACUCGGCAGCUUCAAUAUCAAUUUUACAUAGGGAUGUUAAGUCAUCAAAUAUUCUUUUGGAUGAUCAUUUCAGGGCAAAAGUAUCGGAUUUUGGAGCCUCAAGAUUUAUCCCACUUGAUGAAACUCAUAUAACUACUGUUAUCCAAGGCACCUUUGGAUACUUGGAUCCAGAAUAUUACCAGACUAGUCAAUUGACGGAGAAAAGUGAUGUUUAUAGCUUUGGGGUUAUUCUUCUGGAGCUUCUAACGGGAAAGAAACCUGUUUUCUCCAUUGAGCAUGAGAAUAGGCAAAACCUAUCUAUGUAUUUUCUUCAAGCAAUAAGAGAGAAGCAUUCUUUUGAUCUCGUGGAAGAUCGUAUCAUGAAAGAAGGAACUAAACAAGAGCUUCUGGAAAUUAUUCAACUGAUAGAAAUGUGUUUGAAGUUGAAUGGGAUUGAAAGGCCAACGAUGAAAGAAGUGGAGCAUAAAUUACAAAGCUUAAGAAGGAUCGGAAAGAAAAAACGAUAUCCUAUUCCAGAAGGUAUGGAAGAAACCGAGUAUCUGCUAAGUGACUCAUCUUAUACCUUUUCUGAUUCAGUUGACCAAACAACUGAGGGGACAUCCAGAAAUUACAGCUUAGAAAAGGAAUUCCUAUGGUCAUUAUAUAACCCACGAUGAGCUCGUAUUCCACUUAAUAAUUCAUAUUUAUAUCUCUAUUUCGUGUGAUAUUACAUGUUAUAUGUAUAAUAUUGAGCAUGUUUUAUAAAGUUCUCGUGUCAAUAUUAAUGUGUCUUGUAUUGUCACUAGAAAGUUUGUCUCAUAAACGGUUAUACAACGUUAUCUUUUGUGUACGUCAAGUGUUUCAUGUAGUCCUCAUGUGAAUAUUAUUGUGUCUUGUAUUAUUAUCAAAAAGUUUGUUUCAUGUAGUCCUCAUGUGAAUAUUAUUGUGUCUUGUAUUAUUAUCAAAAAGUUUGUAUCCCAUAAAUGUUUAUA